GCGCCAGCGCAGCCGCCAGAUUCAAAAAGAGGAGUUAAUUGUUGUGACUGCUGCAGAUGCUGAAAAGUUAUUAGAUUUAUUUAGAGGUUUUCCCUGCUGUUGAUAUUAGAGAUUCCAUCUACAAGACCAUGUUGCUUAGCAACGCUGGGACGGCACCUAUCCAUUUCACCAUCCCAGAUGACCCAUCUGGAACAUUCAAAGUCAAGCCAUCGUCCGGCUUGCUCAGGGACAAGCACCAGCACUUUGUCUUCAAGGUCAUACCAAAGGUCAAGGACAAGACUCCUAAGACAUCAAUUCCGCUGCAGGCUCAAUGAUUCAGACAAGCACAUCCAAGAAAUAGACUGUCUGGGGUCAUCAGAACAACCAAGAGUAUUGCUUGAUACUGAGGUUUUGAAGACAUUUUGUGACUCCAUGCUGUGUGUACGGACAUCCUUGAGGUUUUUGAAGGAUGGCAAGAUGCUAUGUGAGGUGUUGAAGAAUGGCACAUACUGCUGGCCCGAGAAAGUGAGUGGGACCAAACCAACUGAUGUCCUCAACUAAACUGCCUAUGUGGGGUGGACGUGGUCUAAAGUUUGAGUUGGGGGUUCUCUCAUUGAAGACGACAAUGGAGGUCCUGAAGAUGAAAGCAAAAGAAUAGAGUUAGCUGAGCGGGCACAAGGGUCCUGUCAAGUGUGCCAACUUCUGCCAACUAAACUCUCUGUAUGGUUUCCUUGCAAUGAACAGUGAUGGCCACUGUCAGGAUAUGGGACACCAACCAUAUCACCAAGUUUACCCAGAUUGCUCCAAUGCCGUUAUAACAAGAGAGAGACUGGUAGGAGAGAGACGAACGGAUUCUGACUUCCCAGUUAUCUUGCCGAACAUGAAGGAGCUAUCGACCUUGCAUCGGAUGCUAUGGAGACGGCAAAGGCUAUGAAAGCACUGGUUGAAUCAGAAGUCAUGUCACUCAGUGUGCAACAUGGAUACACCCCCUAUCUGGAGUCGACCAUCUUCCAAGUAUAAAUGAGAGAGAUAGUCUACAAGAAACGAGGGCAUGGCACCAAAUCUUGAAAUCUUCAUCUUCAACAAGAAAUGUCUGAUGUGAACAGUUAUUGGUAUUUUCCAGCUGAGUAUUUGAUUUUGAUUUAAAUCCUGGACAAAGUUACUGCCCUUAAAUACCCGUGUUUUUGUUCAUGGAAGGGCCCCGUAACACAAUUUUUUUCUAAUCAAUCGCUAAUUCCAAUCGAAAUCACUGUUGCAUGCAACCAGGAUCCAAUCAGAAUAGUUUUUUUUUUGUAUAUAUGCAAUCCAUCACCAGUGCCCAUUUUCUAGAACUCAAAUUCAGGUUUUCUAUUUAAUUUUGGAGGUUUCUGUCAUGGAAAUCAAACUGAAUGAACAAAACCUCAGUUCAAACUUUGUAAAUUUAUUCAAAUCAUUUUUAAUAUCAAAUUUGCGACUAACAUGCAUUCAUUUUUUAAGGCACCCAUUUUGUUAGGUACAUGUAUUUUAUGAUGACUUUAUAUGUGUAGCUCUAAGGAGCAGGUCCAAGCUAUUACUUUCUUUGCUAAUAGUACAGAAUAUCGUAAUUAUCUGUUGAUUCAUUAACAAAUGCCUGCUUUGUUACUGGUAAACAAUGAUUUUUUUGAGUAAAUAUGUUGCUUAAGGUUGGAAAUAAUUUGGAAUUAUUGUUAUGCUUAUGCUUCAUUAGAAUUAAGAUAGUGUGUUAAUUACUUAGGCCUUGGAGAUAUUUUUCUUGAUAAAGUUUGUAGUUGUGUUUUUAUUGUGCUGGCUAUUCUGCAAAAGUGGAUCCGAAGGUUUUCCAGAGUUUUUCCCUUUUGAGUUUUAUCUCUGGUUUUUUACCCUGGAUCUACUUGUCGUAGAAUAGUCCAGCACAAAAUGCGCUCCCUGAAUUAUGCGCAUGAUACCUACAUGGGACCAGCCACCUCAAAAUGAACAAUAAGUUGCCAAAAAUUAAUUUGAGAUUUUUAUUGAGUUUGAAAAUGCACAUCCUAAGCUUUGAACUGAUAUAUAAUUUUUCAGAAUUGAUCAACAUUAACCCACACAUGUAAUUGAUCGAAUGUAGAAAAAACUAAGCGAGGGCUUAAGCAAAAUAAGGAGGUAUAACGUUUGAAGUUCAGGGUUCACUUAGGCAUGAGAUGUUCACACUGCAAUCUCAGUGAAACUUCCAAGCAGCCUACAGAGGAAUUACUCUUUGAGAUAGGCUAUUUUGUUCAAUUUUUGUUUUAUGAAGACCAAAUUACUCUAUUGGCUAUUUUACAGAGAAUCUUCCUUGGUGACUUAUUGUUGAUUUUGGGGUGGUUGGUCACAUAUAGUACUUAUCCAAUUUCAUCAGUUAUUACACAAAGGUUUUUAAUAUGAACAUUUUCAAUUACAGACUAUUUUGAUUGCUAUGUUAGGGAAAUAGGAUAAAUACAUAGAAUAUCUGCCCUGUUUUUAUACUUGGUAUUAUAUACCGGUACGUAAAACGUUGAUAUAACGGUUAGCAGAUAGUAGAAAUUUGGUGAGUGUAAUUUUAUGUUACUGGGGGAACAUCAAAGGUCAGUUCAGAUUCAUUAAUUUGGAUAUGAAUUGAUAUUUUGUUUAGUAUUAAAAAUAUAAUCACAUUAAAUAAAACUUAUACAAGAUCGAUGGUUAUUGGAAAUAUCAAUUAAUCUUAAAUGAAAAAAAAUUUAGUAGUCAAAGGUUAUUUGAGGUCAGUGAUCUUAAAAUUUAUUAUCAAAUGACUUUUUUCUCUUUUUAUUUGUUAUUAGUUAUUAGCAGUGCUGCUCUAUUGAAUAAGGUAAUGCCAGAGGCGUUCCACUUGUUUUAUUCAUUAAGAAAAAACCCGUUUUCAAAAAUUGCUUUUAUGUCAUCACAUCAUUCUAAAUUCAUGAAAAGUUUAUGCCCUUAGCAAAACAAUUCUGGGGCUCGUAACGCAAAGCUUAGCAAUGAUUGUAGGACAUGUUUGUAUGAUUGAUUCCAUUGACUACAAAGUACAAUCAAUUGUUAAAUCAAGUGUACGAUUAAUCACAGGACCCUGGGGAGUGUUUCACAAAUGGUAAAAAUGAUUGAAAGUCAAGCAUAUUUGUUAAUGCGCACAUGAUAUCUAAUGCAUAGUCUUUUUUAUGAAUAAACAGAAGGGCACAUUCUACGAAUGUGAUCCAACCAUUAAGGUGGUACAUUAUUUUCCCCACAUAAUUGGGAACAGUGAUAUUUAGUCACAGUCACACUUAAAAUCUUUGUGAAACACUCCUCUGAUUUGUCUCUUAUGUUUACGUACAUGUAUGCCAGAUAGCUUGGACCUGCCCUAUAGCAAGGCCGUAAGCAGAAAUGUUUUCGGAGGGGGGGGGGGGCAAGAACGCUUAAAUUUUUUUGAAGAAACUCAAAAGCGAGGGAGCGAGGCAACAGAAUCUGUCAUUUGGGCGCUUUUUAAUUUUCUAAAGAUUUCGUGCACACAUUUGGCGAAUUACUUGAAAAAUUUUCAGUAAAAAAUGUCAGUUUUCAAAAAUCUUGUGCCCCUCCCCUGCUGCAUACGGCCAUUUCCUAUAGUAUACGAUUGUCUGUACAAUAUACUUGCUUUGUAUUCAUGAUUUUAUUUUUCUUUGAAACAAAUGUAAGACCGGCAGCCUAGAAGAUUUAUUCAAGUUGGAGGACCAUAGCAAUUGACCCCAUCGAGUGAUGGUGUGGGCCCUGAACUUCACAAACUUGGCUUCCUGUCUGGUUUGAGCUGGGGUCUUCCUUCCAGAAUCAUUCAAUUAGUGACAUCAUUACCAAGAGAUCUAUUUUUUGGUGUGCAGAGGAGGGCACUGGACACUGUUGUGCAUGGGAUACAGCUUCCAUAAUGUAAGUGCUUUAUCGGUCAUUUCAGUGAUAUUCUGUGUAGCCUAGAGUAUGUGAGACAAUGCAAUUGGGUUUUCCAGCAAUUAUCAUAGUAAUAUUGGAUAGUAGUUUCUCGUUCAUUGGGAUUUUCGUUUACAUUUUGCCUCAGUUGCACUUUUGAAUUCAUGACAUUCUCUUAAAUCUCUAGAAUGAAAUUCUUUUCAUGGAAAUGUAUCAAAACACUAUUCCUGAAGGCAAGUUUGGUACAUAUGUUGGGAAUUAUAUAAAAUCCACAUUCUUUUCUCUCUCCUUUUUAAAAUGACUUCAAACCCUUCUAUUUAUCAUUACGGACACUUCUAUCCAUUCUGUUGCCUCGAUCUACUGACCUUUACUGUAGUCUCUCUAUUCUCCAUUGUACAUCUAGCUAUUCCCUAAUCCUCUUCCUUUCUCAUUACUCCACCCUCCUCCCCUCAUGUUUCACUUUCUUCCCUCCUUUCACCUCAACAAUACUUGCAUUAUCCGUUGAUCCACCAAUUGCCAUCUUUAUGUACCUCCCUGUACUAUCUGCUCUAGCCGUUGCUCUAAAUAUAUGUUUCACACCAUUGCAACAUGAUACUUACCAUGACUGAUAUAAACCUUUACAAUCAAAUGAAUUUAAAUUUACAAUCUUUGAUCUGAAUUUUUUAAAACAUUAGUUCAGAACCGUGAUAGAGCAGUAUGAAUGAUUUUGCAAUUAAGUUACUCCCUUUUUUCUGUACAUGAUACUUUUUGUUAGACAGAUCAAUGUCAGUUAUGCCCAAUUCACUAUAAAACUCAUGUUUGUGCGAGUGUGUAUCCGUCAUGUAAUCACAGAAUGUGUAGAGAUUUAAGUUGCCCGCGUUGGAAUGAUAAGAUAUGUGAUGAAGGUUGAUUCUCUUCAUUGGUUCGUCUGCCCCAAAAAUUAUUACCCAACUUUGGGUAAUAAGUUGUAACCGAUUUUUAUGAGGAUUGUGUGCUUAAAUUGUUUUUCCACAAUGUGUAGAAAGAAAAUAAAAUUCUCCUACAAUCACAGCAAUACAUGUUAGUCUGUAAUCUAGUUUCAGAAGUGCAAUGUCAAAUUUUGAUUUCUGUCCUGCCAAUAAUUGUUUUCUUUUCAAGCUUGUAUACAAGAGCUUUGCCAUUGUGUUUCUUCUUUACCCUUAUCAAUAUUUGAAAUGGGAUUUUUGUAUGUUUGUCUUGUUGGCAUUGAUCAAGUGCGAUCGAGAAAUGGUUUGCAGUACAAAUUUACCAGUUAUUAUCAGUUGUGCCUGGACAAGGAAGAGUAGAGAGAAACUGUUGACUAAUGUUUGAAGAGAUCACUGCUUACUUCCGGGAAUUUGUUUCACUUGCAUGUGACAUCGUAGUAUUUUGUGUUUGGAAAUCUGGUCACGAUGUGAUAAUGCUCCAGUACUGUCCGACAAAGAAGGAUGUUGUUCUUCCAGCUUGUCUUAUAACCAGAGCUCUUCAAGACAUGCAAGUCACAAAUUGUCACCUGGACAUUGAAGUGCUGAUAUCUUAUGAGGAGCCUUUGCCGUUCAUUGUUCUAGAUGGGUCUUGUCAUUUCUUUGUCUUUUCCAUCCAUUUAUGGUGUUUUCCUUCUUGGACUUCAUCAGAUUAAUUUGAUUCUUAUGAAAUGAAAGGCAGUUUGAAGUCAUGGAAAGUUGAAAUUUCUCAACCAGGUCUUGAGGCUUGACAUGAGGUGAUCCCAGGCUGUUCAUCCACCUUCCGGUCUGUGGGCGGGAUAGUGAUCCACCAGAUUUUCAACCUUUGGAACUCACCAGUUUAAAUUUUUCUCCAUGUUUAUUCAACCAUUGUUAUAUCUGGUAGUUUCUCCUCAGGGAAAAUUUUAAGUCAUAUCCCAAAUGAAAGAGUACUUAUUCACUUGGCUGGAUUUAUGUGAAAGGGGUUGCUACAUUUGAAAAGGCGUUUGAUGGAACUUGGCAUUCUGACUUUGUUGAUCCAGUUGUUAUUCAAAUUUAGUACCUCUCCUGGGCUUAAACUUCUCAACUCCAGACCGGAGCUGCUUCAUGACAUAUGGGUCUAUGAGUCAUUCAUUGUGGUCAUAAAGGAUGUUGACAUGGCCUAAGAGAAGGAGCCAGAGCGGAAUGACUCUUUGAGACCCGAGCAUGGUGAUCAAUGAAUGGGGCUUGUCACACCUCGCAACAUCCUCACAACAACUGUGGAAAGUACCAUGGCAGGGAAUAUGGUGUUCUCUGGUCUAUUAGCAACCCAGUUGUGAAAGUCUCUGUUUGAAGACAAGGAGUGUAAUUUGAUGACUACUUCUGGUAGAUUGUUCCAACUGUCGAUGACCCCUUGGCCAAAGAAAUGGGAAACCAUCAAGUCAUUCAGUCCUUCAUCCAGUCUGGAAUGAGUUUUGGAAAUAUUGUUAGGUGCUGUCUGUGAAAUUAGACAUCGCAUCUUCUGUUACAUUGUUCUGUCAAUGUGGCCUAAGCAAAUGUUGCCUACAUCCAGUCUGGAAGCAGUUGAGAAAUGUUAUCAGAUGCCAUCUGUGAAAUUUGACAUUCUUAGUGACCCUUUGCCUAAAGAAAUGGUUGCCUAUUUCCAGUCUGGUACGAGUUUUAGAAGUUUAUUGGAUGCAGUCUCCGAAGUUUGACAUUGCUUCUUAAUGACCCUAUGGCUAAAGAAAUGGUUGCCAACCUCAGGUCUUGAACAGGUUUUAGAACUUUUUUGGGUGCCGUCUCUGACAUUUGACAUUGCGCUUCAUAACUAGGAUACAUGCAUUGUACUGUUGAUGGUUGAUAGGGGAUUAUAAACCAUUGUGGGAUAUAAAGUGCACUUCCUCAGGACAAGCCUAUGUUGAGGGUUUAACCUAUUUAGGUGUAGAUUCACAUAUCUUAUCAGUUCAACUGCCCUGCCUUGUCUCUCAGAGUUGUGUGGAAAUAAGUGAUGGAUAAAGUAUGCAAACACAAACAUGCGAACACAAACAUUUGAUCCUUUAUGUCUGGUGAAUGAAAUGAUGGGAAAAAUAAGAAAAGAAACAAAGGGAGAAAACAAAUUAUUUUUUCCUGUCGGUUUCUUUCUAAUAAAAUAAAAACACAAUUAUAUCAUGUACAAAAAAGGUGUGUUAGUUAUUUGCAAAAUUGUGAUAUAUUCAAUUUGCUCUUUUGAAAGAAAAUGCCCCCCCCC